AAGAAACCGCAGCCGCUGUUGCUCCGAGACGCAGCCGCCGUUACUCGAAGCUGAGUCAUCACUGGUGGGGGCUCGCGCGUUUCUUUCGCGAGUGCGCAAACUUGUCCGCGUACUACCUCGACGAGUAGCCACGGGUCUGGUUCCGUUUUAGCCCCGAAGGCAUCCCGCGCCGGCUGUUUUUUUUUUUUUUUUGGCGAGCUGCAGAGCGAUCUCGAGUGGCCGACGCGACGCAAUGGGGCCCAUGUCGGCGCUUCUGCAUAUAUCACCCGUGUCCCUGGAAUUCUUCGGCACAGGAAACUUUCUGCUCACGGCGUGGUUGGCGUGCAUUUCUCUGCUGCAUCGAGGACAGCGCGUGACGUCACUCUCACCCUUGCGUGCCGUUCAUCGUGUUGCAGCAGCUACGCAAUGGGGCCCAUGUCGGCGCUUCUGCAUAUAUCACCCGUGUCCCUGGAAUUCUUCGGCACAGGAAACUUUCUGCUCACGGCGUGGUUGGCGUGCAUUUCUCUGCUGCAUCGAGGACAGCGCGUGACGUCACUCUCACCCUUGCGUGCCGUUCAUCGUGUUGCAGCAGUAAGUGAAAUGCACGUGGAUCGCCGUUUCUACCAAGCCUGCAUAAUAGCCGGUUUUCCACUACAGUUCUCGAUCAGUCCGAUUGGGCGCGCUGAUGCUCUUUCAUUCAUGUCGACGCAGAAGAAGACGAAGUACGCGGUAUCCGCACCUGUGAGGAUCCAUGAAGCACGUAAAGUGUUCGAGAAGGAGCCGUCAACGCGUGAGGCAGAUGAGUCGUCCACACCCGACGUAGUUUGGGCAAGAUGCGGCGGCCCAUCUCGGACGACGAGUCUACCGACACGGAGCCGGCGGGAAGCGCCGCGGUCACCAUUGCCACCGCGGCCACCCCUGGAUCGUGCAGCCAGUUCCUGAGCAGCAGUUCGAGACGGAGGCCUCGCAGGAGAAGACCUCGGGUCGGGUCGCCGUCGCCGGUGCAGAGGCGACGGCGCGCCGCGAGCGGAUGGCGCGCCGAAGUGGUGCACAGCUCGCAAGAGUACCUAUCCGCGGUCAGCACGACCGGCGACACGACCACACUGGACGAGAGCCCGUCGUCGAGAGCGGCGACGUUCGCAAGUACGAUACUGACCACCACGACUACUACGACGCCGUCGAUGCUCUACCGGGACACGUCGGCCGGCGCAUCGAUGGCGGUGCAGGGACCAUCGCGAGAGCUCCAAGAGGUUGCCUUCUCGCUCAGCGACGAUCUGUCCGACGCCCCUGUCACUCUUCUGCGACACGUGCCUGAGUUCGCACCUAGGCAGCGCGACAAGCGGGCGUCCGUCCCAGCCGACACCCCGACAAGUCCGCAGAUGGCGAUGUUUAAGGGUAAGCGCCGCGGUGAGCGUGACCAGCCAGCGCACGUGCCAGCAAAGAGGGUCGACCGGGCAAGGGAAGGGGAUCUGCCACUUCUCAUCAAGCUUCAAAAGUCGAUUUCUGAGGGAAACCUGCUGUCGGGAUCCCCACAAAAGCAGCAAAAACGACGCUGGAAACCCAGGGAAAGCGUCCCUUUCGUCCUCAGCAGAAACGCACCUGACGCUUCUGGCCCCGAAUGGACGCCUCUGAUAAGACGACCGGAUGACGUGGAUAAGGCUACCGAACCGUCAUCCGACCCCACUUCUCCGGCAUCGUUCAUUGUGCCGUACGGCGAAUUUGACGGGCCGAAAAGCCCCAGGACUACAGAUGUGGCUUCGACUAGCGCUCGUGGCACGACUACGCGAAGUCAACCUACGACCCAGACAGCCACAAGCAGCCUCCCGCUGGGAACCACCGACACUACUGCGCCAUCAGGGGACAAGAGCGGGUCCAGUAAGGGGUCUGGAACACCCGUGCCAGCCGAGAGAUCCUCCAAGCAGACCCGUUACAUAGUGCCCAUGCCGCAACAUCAAGGUCAACGUGCCGCUAGCGAGUUGUCCGGAGAAGGGGACGGAAGCGUGUCGGGUAAAGAAACUCCAGAUUCAUCAAAUACGGGCAAAGACCUCUUCGCACACUGGGAAAAAGUGUUUGGAAAGGAAGGUUUCGAAAAAUCGGCAAACCGGAGCGACGAAGGACAUGAUGAUAUCCAUGAGGAAUUACCCAUAUCCGGUGAGACGAGCAGUACAACAGCGAGAACCGACGCAGUCGCGCCAGGUGGAAGUGCCUCUCGGUCACGGGUGGUUACGGUUCCAGACGCCAGAAAUGUUAUACCUUUUGAAGAGGCCGAAAAGUCUCUGAUAAUCGAGUUGAAUUCCAUGCCACUCAAGCCCAGGCCCUGCGAAACUCCGAAGGAGCUACCACAGGCACAAAGGCGCUCUAAAAAGGGCCCGCGACGAGAAAGUCUUGGCGUGAAAAGAACUGCAGCGGUGGGUAACCUUGUUGAGCGACAGAUUGUGGCAAAACCGAAACAGGACGCCUCACCCAAAGAAGAACAUGUGUUCCCGGUUUCUGUGAAGCUCGCGCGACGUCAGACACGACCGCUACGGAGUAGCACUUACAGUGAAAUGCAUGGGCCCGAGCCGUCAAGUGCCACCACAAGAGAUGCGGCGCCCGACAUGACCAGCAUCACAACGAGAGAUGUGGAUUUGGCGAAUCUCAGAAAGGCUGCAGGAAAGCCGGGGUCUCCUUCAAGCCGGAGAUCUAAGGAUCCCACUAGAAAGCGCGAACUUCCCACGAGUUCUCAUCCUGCGCCACGCACACCGACGUACAAGUACUACAUGUCACACUCUUCUCUCAGCUCGGACAAACGGGGCCCUGACACUUCGUCGUCGGAUAUGUCGACUCAUGGAAGAGAGUACUACAAGGGCUGUCUGCACGCUGGAAAAGUUCUCCCGCUCCCUGGACGAACUACCGAUACGAAAUCAUUAGCGUCAUCGUUGCCGAUCUUGGAGGAGAGCGACAAUCAAAAGAAGCCCGCUCCCGACGCGGAUCACUUGCCGCCUGGGGCCCCCUCCGCUGCUCCCGUACCUAAGGGUCGCAAGAUUUCGCCGCCCAAGGAAAUCGUAGAAAAGGAAAUCACACCAGUCAAGCAACCGUCAGUGAAAGAUUUGGAAGCCGCCCCGCCUCUGAAAGAAGUGACUCCAUUCCCAGAGCAGGCAUCCGUACCCUUGCAGCGUAAAGCGUCGGAAGAAGCACUUCUCAAGCCGGUAUCUCAAACUGCAAUAGACGAAAGAAAAGAAGCGACACCUGUGCCGAAACUUGAGGCGGGCUCGAUUGCUGUGCCAGUGGAAAAGCCUCCGCCUGCACGAAAGGCGGAGGAGCGGGUACAGGAAGUUCCUCAAGAUGAUGGCGGAGCCACCAAAUUGGCCAAACCUGGGAAGGGAGGGGACAUCUUGGAAGAGAAACGGCCCUCAGUGACGCCUCCUCCUCACCCUUAUGCCCCGAUAGAAAGCACUUCGAAAGGGGAUUUGAGUAAGCUGGAAGAAGUUUCUUUGGGUGCAGAAGAGAAAGAGUCUGAACCUAAAAAGAGCAGUGAGCACACGGAAGGGGACGUAAGCCUUCUCUCUGUAGAGUUUCCCCCAAAAGGGUCGACCGAAGGGAGUCUUGCCGAAAAGGUACCAGAGGAAGUAAUAGAGAAGGUAUGGGAGCCCUCUGAUGAGCGGAAAGACGCAUCCGAAACGGGAGGACCGCCCACUGCUUUCAAAUCCAGCAGUGACGGGAAACAAGUUGUUGAGAAGGAGGACUUCGCUCACGCGGAAGCAGCCUCAGCACAGGGACCCACCGCUGGCUCUGAACAGUCGGGGAAGUCCAAAUCUGGCUCAAACGUAGGAGAUCUGCAAAUGUUGGAAAUCGAGGUGGCUCAGGAUAGUCCACCCGAAGCUGCACAAGGCGCUACCGCGGCAACGCCAAGAGGCGGCUCAAUAGUAGUCAAGGGUGAGGAAGCCGAGAGCUUCCUCGCGGCCAAGGCUUCAGAUUCACGGACAACGGCAAAAGAAGACGUAGAGACAGAAGGGCUUCCGGUUGCGGUCGAAGGUGAGGAACUGACCAAGCGCACAAGCAGCGCGGCCGGGGUGUCGACGAGCAUAAAGGAGGACAAACCGACCAGCAGCGAGCAGCCACCGUCGAAGAGCGAAGCGCCACUCGAGACCGAGUACAGCCAGCCCCCUGAAGAGGAAGCAGGCGAGAAAACUCACGACGAGGAACAAGAGGAGAAACCGGAAGAAGAACAUGAGGAAACAGUAUGGAAAGAGGGCGAAUCAGAAGCAGAGAGAGAGCGACUCGAUGAAGGUGGCGAAACACUGCCGCACGAGGGGAGCGAAGAGAGGGCACCCGUGGAAGAAACAGAAAAGUCGAAGGAAGAAACAGAAGCACCAAUGUCUCCAUUGCCACCAAUAGCGCAAGCAAGCCCCGACGUUCAAGUUAAAGUGGCGUUCCUCAAGCCCCAAGGAGACGAGGCCUACUACAUCGCUUUGGUUCGAAUAAGGACGAUCCCCUUAUUGUUGUUGUUUGGUAACAUACUGGUCCUCAUAAUACUUCUAGUCAUGUCGUACCUGGACCUCUUCGUGUACCUCUAUGUCGGACCCGUUGUCCCACCCGUUGUUGUUCCUACCGGCACGAAGAAAGGUCUUGGACAUGUUUGUCGCACCAUUCGGUGCGGAAUAGGCGGAACCACAUUGUUCUACGCUAUAAACCACAGCGUCGAACCGUGCGAUAGCAUGUUCCAGUACGUUUGUGAACGAUGGAUACAUGAGCCAAGCGAGAAGUACCAGAAGGUCGUACUCGGCGCAGAAAAGCACGUCACCGAUGACAUGUACUCAGAAAUUCGACGACUUGUGGAGAGUUAUUACCCGUACGCACAGUCAGGACAUGCCCUGGGUAAACUGGCCAUGAUCUAUAAGGAUUGUGAGGACUUCCGCAGGAGAGAUGAAAAUGGCGUGGGUCCACUGAACAAACUGAGACAGAAGUACUCUCUGAGCGACUGGCCAUAUAAAGGUCGUUUCAGUGGCAAACCGGAAGAAAUUAUGGCAGAGUACAUUCGCGACACCGGCUCUGGAGUCUUUGUGUCAGUACGCAUGAUUCCAGACCCCGAGGACGCUCAAAUGCACGCCAGGAAGCUGAUAGCACUCGAAUGUUCAACGUUUGUCCUGCCGACGGACAUGCUGCUGACGUACAGAACCACGCAGAAGGAAGCUAUUAAAGCCUACAAGGUCUACAUUUCAAGCGUCGUUGAGGACUUUCAGCAAGGACCUUCUGAAAAAAUGGUGAGCAACAUCUUCGCCUUCGAGGUGAACUUGGCUCAUCGGUGCAACGUACAGUGCCGCAAGAAGCGACUAAAAAAGAUCAAGGUUAGCGAAAUAGGCCAAUACACUGACAAAGACACGGGGAUCAAUUGGGUUAAGGUGCUGAAGACGAUUGUGAGCGGCUUCACUCACGAAAUAACCGCGGACACCAUGAUACUUGUGCGUUCCGUAUCCUACUUCAAGAAAUUAGGCCUACUAUUUCGAGACGCCACGACCAAAACACGAGCCAUGAACUACCUCGGCUGGCGCCUCAUGCAGAAAUUUUCGCGCCACACGACUAACAAGUACAGAAACAGUUACAGGACGUUCCAGGAGAACGUUUUGGGUCAGCCGCGACUGGACGACUGGAUGCGUUGCCUUGUGGACGCAGCUGAGGCAAUGCCACUAGCCAUCGGUAGGGUGUACGCCGAGCUGAUGGGCUACGAGGCCGCCGACUACAGGGCUCUCGGCAUGAUGAUGACAUUGCAAGAAGGCCUGCGUCACAUGAUCGGGGAGUUCAAAUGGGUGCAAGGCGAAUCUAAAGAAAAGGUUUCCGCAAUCAUGUCCAAGUCUAGCAUAACAGUAGGAUAUCCGGCCUGGCUGAUAAACGACACUGCACUGAACGCCUACUACGCGACGGUUCCUUCUAGCGGUCAAUACCUGGACCUCGUCGCUAAGGCCAUGGGUGCGAAUUACAUGAACCAAUUGAGAAGUGCCGCAACCACUACGGAUGCUUUUAGCAAGAUGUCCAACUUCAUUUUCCCAUCGAGACUUGUCGAACUUCACCAGAAGUCGGGACCUCCCCGUGAGAGCCUGCUGUAUGACAUCCGAAGCAACCACUUCGCUAUCCCUUCCGGGGUGAUGAGCCCGCCGUACUACGUGAGCGAGACUACGUGGUCCAUGAACUUCGGCGGCCUUGGAGUGCUGGUCGCCAGGGACUUGGUGAACGAGUUCUUCCACGCCCUCGACGCCGGCUGGAUGGGCGAGAGCGAGCGCAUCGAGUUCAAGAAGAGCUCCGACUGCGUGCUCACCGCCAUCGGCAAGAGCAGCCGUACCGGUACGGCCGACGAAGCCGUCAUGAAGUGCGGUGGUCUCGUGAGCGACCUCCUCGCGCUGCGGCUGUCGUACACGGCGUACCACGCUUACGCGGACGCACGCGACGAGACCACGCUGCCCGGACUGGAAGACAAGAGCCCGGACCAGGUGUUUUUUGUGGCCGCCUUUCGGACGUUGUGCACGCAGCUGCGGGAACGAUACUACGUGCCCGUGGUGCGCGAAAAGCAGCAGGUGCCCGAACUCGCGUACCUGGAUGCUCUGAUGCGAAGCAUGAACGAGUUCACUGACGCAUUCAACUGCCCCGACGGCAAGUACCGUCAAAACGUGGUCAGGGAGUGCCUCACGGGUGAGAAGUCUGGUGCCGCGAGACUCAAGUCUCGCAAGCGUGCACUGUGGAACCCACCCAAUGCUUCUAUGACGUUAGUGGAGACACCCACGGACACGACGCCGUGGAGGACAGUGUACAAGCGUCGUUACAACCGAACCGUCCUUAAGCGGCCUUUGGACAGGACCGGUGACGCAGCUCUUGUUAGAAACAAGUUUUAAACGUUGUUGACAGAAUGUUUUUUUAACACAUGGCCACUACCGUGAACAGCUUGUGACUGUACCGUAGUUUCUUUUCGUGCAUUCACUCACAUUGUGUACAUAGUUUCACUAAUAACAUCUCUCACGACUAGCACUGAUCAUUUAGACAGUCAACACAUGCGAGUUUUAUUAAAUGUGUACAAAGUGAGUUUCUGCGGAAUCGGUGAUAGAUACAUUCUUCCGUAUUAUCCUAUUAUCUUCUGACAUGUAUUAGCAACAAUGAUUUUCUCCAUAUGUCGGGACAGCCGACGUGAACACACCACGCGGCAUGCUUGCUCUGUUGAACAAGGAUGAUUAGUAGGAAAGACGUUUGCGUGUUAUUGGCUAUUGUGCACUAUAGUAGCGUAGAGUUAACAAGAUGCGAAUAGUAUUUGAUGCGUGAAUGAGCAUAUUUAAUUACGAAAUACUAUACAGAUAAAGAGGCCACAAACGUCGCUCGUCUAGACGAAAUGUUCAUGUACGUGCAAAAGAAUACUAAAGGUGUGAUCUUGAAACUUAGAACCCUCAUGACAGCAUGAUUUGUGCUCUUCUUCGUUGAUCAACACAUUCUCCAGGAAACGACGCGGCUAUAGCCGAGCAGUUCAUGCCUUCGGUGGCCGAAGUCGCGCCGACGCCACCGCAUGUUUCUUUUUUUUCACGUCACGGCAUUACAUCUGGAGUCGCAUUUUCGUCAUAGGAGAUGG